AGAAGGUUUCUGGCGGUGCCGGCGCCAUUUUGCCGGAGCCUGCGACCGAGUGGGAGUGGAGUGGAGCGGCCGUUGUUGCCGACUCUUUCCUCCUCCCCACGGUCCAGUCAGCGGGUUGAUUAGGCCAUCGGCCCUCAAGCCGAGACUUGUCUCUUAUUUAGUUCUGGGGAGCGCCUGGCCGACAUGAGUGAUGUAGAGGAGAACAACUUCGAGGGCAGAUGAGCGGCCGCGUCUCUGUUGGAACCGGCAGCGUUGCGUCUAUAAAGGCGAAAGCCUUGAGGUUGAAGGUGGGACGAGCCUAAUGAAGUGGUUAAUGUUCGUGAAGAAAUUGAAGAGUUUUUUCCAAGAAUGUGGAAGAUAAAUCAAGAUAAAAGAAGGCUAAUGAAAAGUAUUAAAGAUCAGAAAAUUAAAAUUGAAUGGGGGAAAAAAUUGAACAGAAGAUUGGUCAGAUAGAAGCCCUUGAAUAUUUUUUUUAAGGCUAUUUUGAAUUGUUUUGGGGAAGAAUACACGAAGUAUGAAAAAUGAAAAACUCAAUGAAGAAUGAAGAGAAGUAGAAAGCAAGAGUGAAGUAGAAUUAAAAGAAUCUGGAAGAAUGAAUGGGUCCUAGGUUAAGUAAAUGAGUCUCGCUCUCAGUCAAAAUCUCCAACGGGAACUCCUGCUCGUGUAAAAUCGGAGAGCAGGUCAGGAUCUCGUAGUCCGUCAAGGGUUUCCAAACACUCUGAAUCCCAUUCUCGAUCAAGAUCAAAAUCCAGGUCGAGGUCAAGGAGGCAUUCUCAUAGACGUUACACUCGAUCCCGAUCCCAUUCUCACUCUCAUAGGAGACGGUCUCGAAGUAGGUCAUACACACCAGAAUACCGGCGUCGAAGGAGCCGAAGUCAUUCUCCAAUGUCUAACCGGAGAAGACAUACAGGCAGCAGGGCGAAUCCUGAUCCCAAUACUUGUCUAGGAGUGUUUGGCCUCAGUUUGUACACAACAGAGAGAGAUCUUCGCGAAGUAUUUUCUCGAUAUGGACCGUUGAGUGGUGUCAAUGUGGUUUAUGACCAGCGAACUGGACGGUCACGAGGAUUUGCUUUUGUUUAUUUCGAGAGAAUAGAUGACUCAAAGGAGGCUAUGGAAAGGGCAAAUGGAAUGGAACUGGAUGGUAGAAGAAUUCGGGUGGAUUAUUCUAUCACCAAGAGAGCACACACACCAACACCAGGCAUAUACAUGGGCAGACCAACUCACAGUGGUGGUGGCGGCGGCGGCGGCGGCGGAGGAGGUGGAGGAGGUGGCAGACGUCGAGAUUCUUACUAUGAUCGAGGGUAUGAUCGUGGGUACGACAGAUACGAAGACUAUGAUUACCGGUACAGAAGAAGAUCACCUUCUCCUUAUUACAGUCGAUACAGAUCACGAUCAAGAUCUCGAUCCUACAGCCCAAGACGCUAUUAAUAAGCAGAGCGGUUGCAGUUGAGGACAUCUUUUUGUCUUUUUUAAAUUCUGGACUUCGCCAAGCUUCUAAUCCUUCCUACUCCUCAAAAAGAACCCUUAAAGAAUCUUUGGUUUGUUUAGCAUCUACACUUUGUCAAUUGUAUUGCUAUUUUCCACCCCUUUUAUUAUAUUCUUAAAGAUGUAAUUGUCAUUUUUGAGUAGUUAAACAUCUUGAGUAAAAAAGGAACCCCCAGUGUUAUGCUUUGUAAAUGAUUUUUUGUUUGUUUUUUGCUUUUAUGGGAAAUUCACUCCUAGCUUAUCAAAAUGAGGAAAGAAAUGAUCUUUUUAAAGCUUCUUUUGUGUUAGAUAUUGUAUUAGACAUUGUAUUAGAGGUCUGCAUUUACUACAAACUCCUUUUUUAACUUUCUUUUGGGGAAGUUAGUAGUAGUUCAGUCAGGUCAAGUGUGUCUGGGGUGGCAUGGAACAGUCAAAUAGUUGAGUGUAGAAAGUUUGAAGCUA